AUGGCUUCUUCAGCAAGUACCAAUGGCUCUGCCAAAAAGCCAUGGAUUAUGAAUGCUUUCGCGAUGACUGCGCCAAGUCAUCUGGCACCAGGUCUCUGGAGAUACCCCUCGCAAGAAAAACAGACCCUGGACCAUUGGGUGAAGCUGGCAAAAUACCUCGACCAAAAUAACUUCCACGGCAUCUUUUUCGCCGACGUUCUCGGCAUCUACGAUGUUUACAAUAGCUCGAAUGACGCUGCACUUUCUAGCGGUGCUCAGAUUCCGAUCUUGCAGAUUGAUCUAUUAAUCUCUGCAUUGGCUUACGCGACUGAGAAUCUCUCUUUCGGCAUCACCGCUUCCACCACCUAUGAGAACCCAUAUGCAUUGGCGAGAAAGUUUUCAACAUUAGAUCAGUUGACAGGCGGCAGAGUGGGGUGGAACAUUGUGACCAGCUACUUGGAGAGUGCUGCAAAGUCUUAUGGAUUGGAGGGUAACAUUGAACAUGAUGAGAGAUACAGAAUCGCUGAUGAGUUCAUGGAUGUGUUUUACAAGCUCCUGGAAGGCAGUUGGCAGGAUUCCGCAAUCGAAGCAGAUAAAGAGACUGGAGUCUGGACGAAUCCUGAAAAAGUCAGGAAGAUCAAUCAUGAAGGCAAAUACUUCAAGUCGGCCGGGCCUAAUCUCGUUGAGCCCUCCCCUCAGCGUACACCAUUCUUGCUUCAGGCAGGCGCCUCGAAAGCCGGAAAGGAUUUUGCAGCAAAACACGCAGAAGCCAUGUUUCUACCCGGUCUGGUACCAGCCAAGACUCGCAAGGUCGUCAACGAGACCAGAGAUCUACUCCGCUCAAUCGGAAGGCCAGAAGACAGCAUAAAAUUCAUUGCCGGAAUUUUCAUUUGCGUUGACGAGACGGAUGAGAAAGCACAAGCCAAAUUUAAGGACCUGCUGCAGUAUGCUGAUGCGGAGGGUACUGCGGCCUUGUUCGGUGGCUGGACGGGAACCGAUCUCUCCACUUUCACGGAUGACGAAGAUUUCGCUUUCAGCACAAAAGCACCUGCCAUUCAGUCCAUGAUCGCAUCUUGGACGGAGACUGUCCCUGGCACUAAGGACCUCAAGUGGACAAAGAAGCAUGUCCUCGAACAUCUGGCCAUCUCAGGCGCCCACCCGAGAGCCAUUGGUAGCCCCAAGACUGUUGCGGAUAUCCUUGAGCGAUGGAUUGACGAAGCUGGUGUCGACGGGUUUAAUAUCAACUGUGCGGUUACCCCAGACACUUUCGAGGACAUCGUAAACUUCUUGUGGCCGGAGUUGAGAAAAAGAGGCGUGUUACAAGAGAGGUAUCCCGGCUCUUCAAUGCGCGAGAACUACUUGCAAGAUGGCGAGGGUCCGAGGGCAAGAAAGUGGCACCCUUCAAGACAGUAUACCUGGAGUGACUGA